UGUUUGAAUCCCAAAUGAGAGAAAAACUGUCAGCCUGGGGGAGGUCACAAUUUAGUGUUGCAGCUCCUUGACAGAGUCUGACAAUUUAGGAUUAUCUGCAUAAAUCUAAGAUACUGCUGAAAGCAGUAGUCCUGGAUUUUGUCACCAGUUGUUUCCAAUACUUAAAAGAAGCACAAGAGAUAGCAUUGUGAAAGGAGUCCUUGGAUGGCAAAAGACUCAAACCCCAAGACUGUGAUUGAAAACAUAGUGGGGACUUUGGAAGCAUAGCGUUAUUUAUUUUGCAGGAUCUUUCAUCAUGCAGCCCAGGGAAUAGGCAGAGCACAAACAUUUAAUGAAUUCUGGAAUUUACUUAUGCUUCCUGGAGGAAGUAGGAACAUCUCUCUUGUGUUGGCAAAAAAAAAAAAAAUCAAGUCUGUAGUGACUUCAGUCUUACUGUGAACUUUGUACUGAUUUCAAAGCUCAACCAAAGUAAUAGCUCCAUCAGCUGGUGCUAAUUGUUCCUCACAAUGAAGAAUCUUAAUCUGAAAAUGAAGGAACUUGGAAUAAGAAUUCCUAGACCACUGGGACACGGACCAAGCAGAUUCAUCCCUGAGAAAGAGACAAUUCAGGUGGGAAAGGAGGACGCCACAAUGCACACGCUGUUUGCAGAGUCUUUCGCCACGCUGGGCCGACUGGACAACGUCACCUUGGUGAUGGUUUUCCACCCGCAGUAUCUUGAAAGCUUUCUAAAAACUCAGCACUAUCUCCUGCAAAUGGAUGGCCCACUCCCACUCCAUUACCGGCACUACAUCGGGAUAAUGGCUGCAGCACGACAUCAGUGCUCUUACCUUGUUAACCUCCAUGUGAAUGACUUCCUUCAUGUUGGUGGAGACCCUAAAUGGUUGAAUGGUCUGGAAAAUGCACCUCAAAAAUUGCAAAAUUUAGGAGAACUGAAUAAAAUGCUGGCUCACCGACCCUGGCUUAUCACCAAGGAACAUAUCGAGCAACUUUUGAAGACUGAAGAGAACAGCUGGUCCCUGGCAGAGCUGAUCCAUGCAGUCGUUCUCCUUACACACUACCACUCCCUUGCUUCCUUCACGUUUGGCUGUGGGAUCAGCCCAGAGAUCGACUGUGAAGGGGGUCACACCUUCAGGCCCCCCUCUGUCAGUAACUAUUGCAUAUGUGAUAUAACAAAUGGUUACCACGGGGUGGAUGAAAUCCAUGCCAGCCCAGCUGGAAGUAUUCCAUCUACAGAGUCUGUCUGUGAAGUUGAAGCUCUUAUGGAGAAAAUGAAGCAGCUGCAGGAGUGCAGAGAUGAAGAGGAAGCCAGCCAAGAAGAGAUGGCCACGCGUUUUGAAAGAGAGAAGAGAGAAAGCAUGUUCGUGUGUUCUUCAGAAGAUGAAGAGUCUGCAGCAACAAGAGAUGUGUCUCGUCACUUUGAGGAUACCAGCUAUGGUUACAAAGACUUCUCCAGACACGGAAUGCAUGUGCCCACCUUCCGUGUUCAGGAUUAUUCCUGGGAAGACCAUGGCUAUUCCUUAGUUAAUCGUCUUUAUCCAGACGUGGGACAACUACUUGAUGAGAAGUUCCAUAUUGCUUAUAAUCUGACGUACAACACAAUGGCCAUGCACAAAGAUGUGGAUACCUCAAUGCUAAGACGAGCUAUUUGGAACUAUAUUCAUUGUAUGUUUGGAAUAAGAUACGAUGAUUAUGACUAUGGUGAAAUUAAUCAGUUGUUGGACCGCAGCUUUAAAGUUUAUAUCAAGACUGUGGUUUGCACUCCUGAAAAGACCACAAAAAGAAUGUAUGAUAGCUUCUGGAGACAGUUUGAACACUCUGAGAAGGUCCAUGUAAAUUUGCUUCUGGUAGAAGCUCGGAUGCAAGCCGAACUACUUUAUGCUCUGAGAGCUAUUACUCGCUAUAUGACCUGAUGUCUCUGGCUGCCUGUCGACGUUGGAAUGUUCUGCAGCUGCAGUGUGGCAGAGGAAGAUACAAAGCCUCAGGACCAACAGUAGCUAUAAGUUAAGAUGCCCAUUGUGCCAUAACUCCUUUAGUUUCAGCUGUUUCCAUGUUUGGAAUAUCAUUGCUGCCACUGGGCAGCGAACGCUUGGCAGUUGACAGACAGGGUUGUGCAGAAGUGCUGCCUGCUCAUGGUAUUUUGGCUUUAGACAGCCCGGGACAUUCUCUGAACUUGUGGCAAUAUAGCAAACCAUAGAUACAUAGAUCUUGUGUUAAGGCAAAUGCUGCGGGAGUCAAGAGCGCGAAAAGAACUGGGACUUGGUGACAUUUGCUUUCCCUAUGAGAAUAAUUUUAGAAAAUCUUGAUGCUGCUAUUUGUGCAGGUGGAGUGAACAGACCCAGGCUGUUCCAGUUGAGCUAGAAGUGGAAGUGAGCACUGCUAUUGUCUGAGCCUUUAUUGUGUGUGGUUUCAAAAAAGCCUUGUUAUUUAGAUUGCCUGUUUAAUCAGAACUAAACCUCUCUGUCCACACUGAUAAUUUGAAAGAUAGCAGUCAAUUUUCUCAACUAGUUUAGCCUUAAAAACAGGAUGUUUGUUCAGCAUUAUUUUGUGAGCUCCAAAGUGCAAUGGUCUUCCUAUGGAAAGAAGGGGGCUGGAGUCCUCAGAGCUUCUUAGAGAUCUACCUACACAAAGUGUCGAGUAGCUUCUUGUCCUCCUUUUCACGGAUGAACCAAAAAGGAGCUAGGACAAGGUGUGGGAAUGUUGUUCUAGACUGCCAAACAGUCCUACUGUAUUACAUGCCCAACGCUGGUCUUAAUGAUUUUUGCAGUUGCUUAAAUAACUAGGCUAAAAAACAUCUAUUUUUAGUAAAUCAAAACGUGAUUAAAAUGCUGACGUUUAAUAUACAAUGGUUUUGGAGAACACAUGAAUACUUUUGUAUGAGUGUGAAUUGCUUUUUAAAUUUGUCAGUAUUACACGUAUUUUUGAAAUAAAGGUAACAACUUUU